GAGGUGAGAGCAGCGUCCUAUACCUCAAUAACACACACUCUGAUACGGUCAGAGAAACCAGCGAAAUAGAAAGAACCACGGAUAGCACCAGGACAGGCCUACCUGAGGAACUGAAAAAGAUCCAUCAUCUCAGCAGACAUGACCUGGGCAAGCUGCAAGAUACAGCAGAGCACAUGGACCGGCAUCAUGAGCACCCUGAAGCCAGUCCUCUUGAUACUAGCCCUAUCGCUCUUUAUCCCUGGACAUGUGGUCUGCUGGACAUACAGUUCUUCAUCCCAUAAAAUGAAUUGGACAACGGCGCGCAACUACUGCAGGACAAACUACACCGAUCUAGUAGCCAUCCAAAAUGAGAAUGAGACAAAUCACCUUCUGACCAUACAAGACAUUAUUCCACAUAAGUACAGUGCACCACACUACUGGAUCGGCAUCAGGAAGAUAAAUGAGAUCUGGACCUGGGUGGGGACCAACAAAGCGCUGACUGGAGAUGGGUCAUGGGCUCCCAAUGAACCCAAUAGUGACAAGGACAAUGAAGACUGUGUUGAGAUAUACAUUAACAACGGCAUUAAGAAGGGAAAAUGGAAUGACAUCGAUUGCUCUAAGGAUCAAUUUGCCAUUUGCUAUAAAGCCCAGUGCACCAGUGAUGCAUGCAGUCAUCAGGGAGAAUGUGUGGAGAUCAUUAACAGCUUCCGGUGCUUGUGUAAUCCUGGCUUUCAGGGCUCCCACUGCCAAACAGCUGUACAGUGCCCUAAGACAACUGCACCACUGUAUGGAUGGAUGGAGUGUUGCGGUGCCCAUGGCAACCACUUCUUUGGGACAACCUGCAAGUUUGGUUGUGAGGAUGGUUUCAGGAGGGAGGGUCCAGGAGAAAUUACCUGUAAUAUCACAGGAGAAUGGAGUGAGCGUGAGCCAGAAUGCUCAGCAAUAUCUACUACAUCCUGUGGAGUUGUGAGAGAGCCUGUUGGAGGACUCAUGAACUGUUCUGGUGGAAUCAAUGAUUCCCUCCUAACCACCUGCAGCUUCCAGUGCCAGGCUGGGUUCCUACUGCUGGGGUCAACAGAGGUGACCUGUGAAGCAAAUGGCCAGUGGAAGGGCUUCAGACCAGUGUGUGCAAAAUACUCUCACUUGCUGUUGGCUGUUUUAGGCUGGAAUGUGCUAUCAGCAGUCUGCUGCUGGGCUUACUGCUGUCGAAAUGCUCAUCAAAGAAAGAAAUGUCAUCAGAAUGGGUCCAAGCAUGACCGGCUGAAUCCAGCAUAUGAUGCAACAGGACCACUAGAGGAGCCUUUCACACCGUGAAACAAUAGACAAUUUGGAGGAAUAUUCAAAAAUACUUCUUCUCCUCUUCCUUCAUCAUCAACAGGACCCAAGCACAUCCCAAUUCCCAAAUGCAUGACUUAAACUACUCUGGCAUGUUCCGGCCUUCCCUGUGCAUGCAUUGCGACUUCCAGUAAUUGACAAGAUAUUCAGAAUCUGUAAAAUCAAUGGAAUGUUUGUUAUUUAAAUAUUAACCUAAUUAUACCUAUGUUUACAUAAAUAUGUGUUUUCUGCCACUCAGUGUCAAUUUGUCUAAGUCUUGACUUAGCUACCAGGAAACCUGGCUUUGAGGUCGAAAUUUGAUAAAUGUGUUAGAAUGUAGUUUGUGUAUGUGACCACAACCCAAAUAUGAUAUCUUCUAACACAAAAUAAAAGAAGU